UAAUGAACUGUGUAAAUACAAAGGACAAUCAUUUUUGUUAAUAUCAUCUUUCUCUCUCUCUGAUAUACAUUCCUAUCUAUUCUAGUAUUCAAAGAGGGACUGUGGUGUAAGAGGGACAGGACUAUUUUGGGGUGUUCAUUACUGUAAACAUCCAGAAUACACUUGAGAGGAAGACAUGGCUUCAUCGAACAUCCACGUUCUCCUACCUGGUGGUAAAAAGUUACCUUUGUUGGGAUUAGGAACUUGGCAGAUUAAACCAGAGGAGGUGCGUAGUGUUGUCGAAACGGCGAUCGACUGCGGAUAUCGUCAUAUUGACGAAGCUUCCUUGUACGGUAACGAGAAGGGUGUCGGUGACGCUAUCAAAGCGAAGAUCGAUGACGGAACCAUUAAGAGAGAAGACAUCUUCGUAACCUCAAAGUUAUGGAUCACAUGCAGUCAUCCUAGUAAGAUUGAAGAAAGCUGCCUUCAAUCUCUGAAAGAUCUAGGACUUGAUUAUCUCGAUCUCUUCCUCCUUCACUUUCCGACAUCAGCUGUGAGCGGCAAAGGACCACUUCCCCUGGACGAUAAUGGACUGUUAAUCGGAGACGAUACUAUCGAUUAUGUCGAUACCUGGAGGGUUAUGGAAUCUCUCGUUGAUAAGGGGCUGGUACGAAACAUUGGGGUGUCAAACUUCACCCAGUCUCAGAUCCAGCGCGUUCUCGACCUUCCACCGAAGCAUCCGAUCGCUAACCUACAGAUUGAAAGUCAUCCCUUCUUGGCUCAGGUAGAGCUAAUUGAGUUCUGUAGAAAGAAUGGUAUCUCCGUGACCGCCUACAGUCCGUUAGGUUCACCUAAUAGGGUAUUUCAAGAAAGAGCUCCCACGGAUCCAGUCUUAAUGGAAGACCCUACCAUCUGCGGUAUCGCGAAGAAAAGGGGCGUGUCUCCUGCUCAGGUACUAAUUAGGUAUCAGCUUCAAAGGGGCGUGGCCGUCGUCCCAAAGAGCGUCACGCCAUCGAGAAUCAAACAGAAUUUCGAUGCUCAAAGCUUCCAACUGACGGAGGAAGAUUGCCAAGUUCUGGCCAAUCUGAACAAGAACUACAGACUCAUGAAUUUCAUCCCGAUGAAGAACAUGAAGUACUAUCCAUUCGCUGGUCAAAACUAGAGGACUUCAGAAGUCCAUGACAAAAUUCAACGAAAGAUGGAAAAUAAAGGGGUACUGUGGGCUGAAAAAAUCAUAUCCUAAUUAUACAGAAUCAAAUUCACCAAACAAAAUGCUGAAAAUUCAUCAAAAUCUGAUAACAAACAUGUCAAAGUUGAUACUGAAUUUUUAAGCUCAGCACUAUUUUAGUGUUAACAGAUAUAUGCACGUAAAUCGUGAAUAUUCAUUAGGUGGAGGGGGCCUGUUGCAGAAAGAGUCGCGUUUAAACGCAAGUCAAAAAAUCAAUCGCAA